UUCACCUCCUCUUUUACUGACAGGAUCUUUUACAGGCACUUUGGGUUUUUUUCUCCAGUGCUGGGAAAUGUCACAGCAGAGCCCCACUUAUUGUAACAUGACUAGUGGGAAAGCAACUGGAUUGUGUCUUUGAGCCCAAAAUGCACCAGAAAACACCAGCAGAACUACCCUUUAAGCUGUAAAAAAGGAAUCCAGACAUGAACAUGAUUGGACGACUUGUGAAAACAAAGUUCUGGCUUUGCUGCUUUCUGGUUUGCAGACUUAUUGGAACUAGUGCAUCCUGGGAACACAGAAACAUUUCUGAAGAUUCCCAGCUUUCACAGACAGUCCUCCAGACUCCUGAUGGAGUUUUUGAAUAUGUAAAUGUUUCCCUGGAUUUCAGGCAUGCAGAGAGAUACUGCAGACAACAGUUUAGCCUGUUGCCCAAUGAUACCUCACAGGAUGAUCUGGAAUCUACAAAGAAAUUGCUACUGGUCAUGGGGGUCAGUGAUCCAAUAUGGUUAAGGGACUCGAGCGCUCAUAGAUGGGGACACCCAUGGUUUACUGCAGGGCAGAACAGCCCUCUUCUGCUACCCAUUUUUAUGUUCCAAGAGAUAACACACACCAAGUAUGCCAAGGUUGAGCUCCACUUUCCUGUGUUGUCUGAGAUCACUGUCUGUGCAUGGGUGCAAUGGGACAACAAAAGCCAGGGAGUUUCCACCAUCUUCUCCUAUGCAGAACCUUUCUUUAUCAAUGCGUUUCAACUGCGAGGGCAAACGGACGAACAUGGCAACAUAAACAUGGCUUUAAUUGUGCAUGGACAUCACACGCCCUACAAAACACUGCUCAGAAAUGAUGGGGAGUGGCAUCACCUCUGUGUCACCUGGCAAAAAGCUAAGGGGAUCUGGGCAAUCUAUAUUGAUAGGGAGAAGGGAAACUCUGGCAGUGGUCUCUAUGCAAGCAACGAUAUUAAUGGUGAUGGCAUAUUUAUCAUUGGACAAGACCAAGACACUCUGGGAGGAACUUUUAAUGAGGCUUUCUGUGGUAACAUCACAGCGUUGAAUAUCUGGAACAAGUCCCUGAGUGAAGAGCAAGUGGCAGGGGUCAGUCCCUGCUCAAUGAUCAAGCAGAACCAGCUGUUCCAUUGGGAUGUAACCAAGAUAACUAUUGAGGCAACAGUUGGGCGGUCUUUGAUGAAGUUCAUGUGCCCAGAUCUUAAAUCUCUACCCAAUAAAGAAUGCAGGGCCUUUCAUAUCGCCCCGGUAACGCAGCAGCAAACACAUGGCUACAGCCCUUGCACAAGACCUCUAGCAUUCGUGUGCAAACACAAAAAAGGUACAUAUUUGAAGUUAAAGGAAAUGCAAGAAGCUCGUGAAGAAAGUAACACUCAGUUCAUCGACUAUUUGAUAAAACUUACCAACAGUUCCACGAUUGAAGAAUGUUUGUCUACUAAGUGUUCAGUAAACCUGAGUGUCUCUGAAGUGCACCAGAUUCUGCAUUACACACACCAAGCCCUCAGAGAAGCCGAUGGGGAGCUGGAGCCGUCUGACCUGCUGGCGCUAGUGCAGUUUCUCAUACAUGUGGCCGACAUGGAUGUUAAAGCCAGCGAGAGCACGGUAACCAUUGGGGAACUCAGCAGGAACUUCAUUGCAGUGGCGGGUGCAAUGUUUGAAAAGGACCAUGUCAGCAAGUGGGCAGCAAUUAGGGAGCUUGUAAAUGGACCCAUGACAGUGGUCCAGAGCAUUGACAGGAUGGCUGCUAAUCUUAACCUGCUGCUGACGGCUGGAAGCAGUGAGAUGGUGAUAGACAGCAGUAACAUCAAACUCAAAGUGAAACAGCGGGUCCUCAGCCAUGAUUCCGCUGGGGCUGACUUCUACGGGCUGCAAUCUGGGAAUGAGAGCACUGGCGAUUACAUUUCAGUUCCUCCAGAACAAAUCAAAGACCUUCAACAAAAUGGUUUUAAAAAAGUUACCUUUGUUAACACGUGGUAUGGCUCCUUGCAUCCCUACUUCGGAAGUGAAAACAAUGUCACUCAGUUUUCUGCAGUUUCAGAUGGAAGCCGCAAGUAUGUGGGUACAGUGCUGGGGUCUUCUGUUAUCUCCACCACUAUACUAAGCGAUGAUCAACAAAUUAACAUGGCUGUACACUACCAGCUUCAGCACAGAGUUGAGUAUACUCCUGGAAUAGAAUUUGAGCCUAUUUGUGUAUUCUGGGAUUUCAACCUCAGGAUGGAGAAGGGAGGGGGCUGGUCCACGACAGGGUGUUUCGUAACUGCCCUGGGUUAUAAAUCAACAUCCUGUUUCUGCAAUCACACCACCAACUUUGCCCUGCUGUUACAAGUUUACGAAGUGCACCGAAGCCCAGCGGAAGAAUCUACUCUGAGGAUCCUCACGUUCAUUGGCUGUGGGGUGUCCCUCUGUGCCCUGGCCAUGACCUUCAUUCUGUUCAUUGCUGUGGGCGUUCCUAAUUCAGACCGAACUACAGUCCACAAGAAUCUCAUCUUUGCAUUGGCAACUGCGGAAAUCCUGAUUCUGUUCAGUGAACUGGCCAGCAGCAACAAGGCGCUGUGCAUGGCUGUCACAGCUCUGCUUCAUCUCUUCUUCAUGGCUUCCUUCACCUGGAUGCUGGUGGAAGGUCUCCUGCUCUGGAGCAAAGUGGUUUCUGUGAAUAUCAGCGAAGACAGGAGGAUGAAGUUAUACUAUGUCAUUGGCUGGGGAUUGCCAGUCAUUAUCGUUGGCAUCACCUUGGCAACUUCCUUCAACAAGUACGUGGCAGACAAUCACUGCUGGCUGAAUGUGCAGACAGAUAUCAUCUGGGCUUUUGUUGGGCCUGUACUCUUUGUUCUGUCUGUCAAUGCCUUUGUGCUCUUUCGUGUGGUGAUGGUAACGGUUGCUAGCGCACGGAGACACUCCAAGAUGCUGACGCCAAGCAGCACCCCGCAGCUCCAAGCCUGGGACCUGACAUGGGCAGCCAUUAAACCAGUCCUCGUCCUCCUGCCACUGCUGGGUCUGACCUGGUUGUGUGGGGUCUUGGUUCACCUCAGUGUUGUUCUGGCUUACAUAUUUACUGCAAUGAAUGCAUUUCAGGGUCUUUACAUAUUCCUGGUUUAUGCCGUGUACAACAGUGAGGUGAGGAGUGCUAUAAAAAGAAUGAAGGAAAAGAAAAAGGCUCUUUCUUUUACAAACUGCUCCCAGCCAAUAAGUUUCCUGACAACUCAAAAAACUACAGGUUCCUGGGAUCAUGGGAAAUUGAGUCUUUCUACCCCUGAAAGCAGCGUGUCUUCACCAAAACAAAAUGUCUCCACAAAGAAAUCCCUGGUCCUAAAAAAUGAGGGAUUCAGAAAAGAAAGCAUUGUGACCAUUUCAUUGAACCAGGCCGUUCAGCUGACAGCCUUCAAACCAUCAGGCUGCUGAGGCUUACAUAAUAAUGUAGAAGAAAAAACGCUGUGAAAGAACCUCCUUGAAGCUCCUGAGCGCAGUGCAGUACAGCCUGGAACACAGCGCAAGCACGCACAUGCUUUAUUAUACUGUGGGUCACUGUUUCCAUGAUGAGUGUCUGUCUGGUUUGUUUUCAGUAUCAGUAAAAUGCCUUCAAAAGUUCAAUUCAACUGCACAAAAUAACAAUACUGCUGCUACCUUGCUGUUGGUAUUGAAUAGAAACAGCUUCAGUAGUGGAUUGCCUAUUUGGGAACACAAUGUAUUACAGGGCACAUGUUAUAGAAAUAAAUACCAAAGCGAUAAUUCACUGACGACAGAAUUAUGCCAUAAUAUAUCAACAUGGAUUCAAAAGUAAGUACUUUAGUUUGUUUUCCUUCCCCUUGCCUUUUUUGAUAUUUGCAGUCAUUCGAUGUUCCUGUUGCAAUACCUUUUUUAACUCUUUGAUGUAAUCUGUGUUAGGGUGGGAAGUUAAGAAUCUGCUCCUCUUCUAGUUGCAAUAUACAGCACAGACCAGAUCAGUGUCUUCAUAGUAAGAAGAGCCAAUGGCAUCUAGUGAACUCAUUAGUAUUGCCAGAAAUAUGAAAGAAAACGCAUUCGUUUCACUAGAUGGACAGAUGAUAUUAUAUAUUUGAGUGAUUGCAAUAGGAAGCACUCAACAUGAUUGCAAACAUCAUAAAAAGUACAUUUGAAAAAAUCUCUGAUCUGGUUUGGGCCACAUCCGCUAAGCUGCUCAAAAUGUGCAAAAAAAUGUAUUUUAUUAUGUCACCCCACCCAUCACAUAUUAACUCAUUUAGAACACAAGAACACAGAUUGGACAGAGUGAGCAUAAUAAGUAUUGUUUUUAAACGUUAGAAUUGUGCUGUGUCUUCUAAGCGCGGGAUGAUAUCUGCAUGUGCUGGGCUUGUGGUCCAUUACAGUGAAUGGUUCAUUUCAUAUGUGUGAAUAACAAUACAUAGUCAUUGAGAGGGGAUAGAAGAUGUACAAUAAUUACCCAAUAUAUUGUGUACAUUGGUAUCCAAAUGAUUACUCGAACUACACCACACAGCAUAAACAUUUCUGCAAUCUUGAAAACCGCCUGCAAAAAGAAGAGGCUACCUGGGAUUACAAUAUACAGGAAACAAUGAAACAAAACUUCUGCAACCCUCAGAAUAGUGGGAAAUGGUUCCUUUAAGGCAUGCAUGGUUCAAUAUAGUGCAGAGUAGGCCACUCUUCACUGGGGACUCUGAAGGGAGCGUCUCAUUGGCCCAGGCACUCCCGUGAGUUAGGCAGGUAAAACCAGGGACUAUUUCUCCUCAUUGCUCUUCAGCGAACCCUGCUGGCCAGGCGCCUGGUGAGCUCAAAGCGGACACCUGCAGGGCUGGCCUUUGUCCUCCAGAGGUCAGUAGCUCGCUGAAAUCCACUCUCCUGGGUGAAAAAGGAAGCUGGCUUGUUCGUGGGAUCGGAGGAUGCCCACUGAAUCUUCGGGUCUCCUAGUCAUGUGGGGUAUUGCUGCGGUGAGGAGAAAAGCGAUUGGGCAUUCCAAAUUGGGAGAAAAUCAGGAGGAAAUUAUAAUUGGACACUAAAUUUAAAAAAAAGAUACAGUGUAAAUUCAAUGACAAUGCUUGUCAUGAAUGUAUGAAGUUUCUGAGCACAGUUUUGACAGGUCCCCUUAUCAUUGUCCAGUUGGUCUUUGCAUUUCCAAUACUUUUUCUUCACUUUGCACUGUGAAGGUACAACAGCAUAAAAGCUUCUUAAAUACUGUACAAAUAAAUAUAGAAUGAAACCUGUAUUAAAAUACACAGAGCUAAAAAAAAAAAAAAAAAAAAAAAGAUUCCAGUAAAUGUUAUUUAGUUAGGGUCACUCUAAGUGUUUAGCCCACACUUCACAAUUACUUUCUGAUUUAUUCAAAUCGGUGAAUACAAAUAGACAUUAUUGACAAUAAAUUAUUGACAUUGUUAGUUCACUACUGGUAUAAAAAAAGCAUCACUAUGUUGCUUCAGCUGUUCUGACUGUGUGAUUAGUCAACUCCACUUGCAUGUGAACCAAUUGUUCAGAUAUGUAUUCAAACUAGUCCUAUUGAGAACAUUGAAAUGCCCAUAUUUAGGAUUCUUUAGCUAUGUAAGUGAUGUCUUUAAGAUAGCAAGAGGUAUGACUGCUGGUGUUCUAUCAUUGUAGAAAUCCCAUCCCUACGACAUACACAUGUAAAACCUCAGGGGAUUAAUCAGAGCUGUUCCCAUGUGGGGGCUGUAAAGAAUACUAUAGUUUAUUCAUGUACUACUGCCUGUAUGAUCGUUACACUAUUGGCACAAUACGAUAGUAUUCAGCAUGCACAAUCCUUUUGUAUGUGUUUAGCUGUGAAAAAUUGCAUACUUAUUGUUUUCAUCAUAUGUGACGCUAUUUUAUUAUGAAGAAAAUACAUUUUCUUGAAAAGGGAGAGAGGAGUUUGAAAUAAAUGUUUGUGUAUUUACUGCUUCUCAUACAUGUCUGUAUCUGUGAGAAUAUACAAUGCAAGUCUUAUGGGAAUAAGAUAAGAAGAAUAUUCUGCAAUUUCACAAAUAAUUAUAUGUACUAAAUCUUGUUUUAGACAAAUGUUUCGGCUUUAUUGAUGUCUUAUCUGUAGAGGGUGGCCCAUAAAUCAGGCAAUAUCAUACAAUAUGCCAAUGUUAUAUCUGAUAAACCUGAUGGCCACUUCAUGUUAAUAUGCACGACAAGUGAUCUGAAUUUGUCUCAUGAGUGUCAAAGGGGAUUUUGUUAGACUAUGACAAAGCUACAUGUAGCCUUUCCCUUUAAAUGAUAUAAGCAUUCCAGAAGAUGUAUUCAGAAUAUUAUUUUUUAGAGUGCCCAAUUUGUUUCGCCACGACUUGAAGCCCAAUUUCGAUUAUUCAGUUAUGUUGACUCCCCGCAGAAAUUCCCCACCCUGGUGGUCAGUGGGAAUCCUCUGAUUCCACGACCAAGCGAGUUCCCUCUUUACACCCAGGAUCUCGAGAGAGGAUGAUGACGAGCUACUCACCUCUGGAUGAGAAAGGCCAGCCCUGGAGGUGUCUCCUUUUGAGCUCUCUGGGCACCUGUGCAGCAGGGUCUGCUGUAGCGUGAUAAGGGGAAACAGUUUUGCCACCCUAACCCCUGGGAAUGCCAGAGCCAAUGCAACUCUCCCUCUGGAAUCCCCAGCGAAGACUGGCAGCUACACAGCCAGGAUGCGAUCCUGUGCUCUCCUGACUGUAUGAAUCACCUGGCACAUCAUGUGCCUGUGCUUUUACCAGGUGAGCACCUUGCUCUCAAUAUUAUUUCAAAUUACUAAAGCAUUCAGAAUACUUGUGGCAGCAGCCACAUAAAGUGAUGCUGGAAGUGUAUCACCUGCUCCUUCUUAAUAGAAUGGCAGACAGCCUGGCCAGGCAAUCAUUUCCUUUCUAAUUUUCACAGCUCCAUCUCCAAUACUUUCCUGUAUGCUUAGUUUGCUUUAGGGCAUUUUAGAAGGGUUUGUGGUACCUAUUCUUUUUUUUACGUAUCUAUUGAUAGAAUUCUUUUCUUAGCUGCCCCUUAUAUUAACUGCUUUAACGUAAAGAUGGGGGAGCCAUUUUGAAGUUCGGCAGUCCUUUGUGAGGUCUGUUUGUUUUAUUAUCUCUUUAUACAGUCAGCACUCACAUAUCUGACCAUAUAACAUUUUUACUUCAGUGACGGUUUAACGAGUGCGACGCAUAUCUGAUUAUUUCAUUUUGGCCCGUUCCAACCCUUGUCUGUUUUUCAGGGAACACAAAAAAGAUACAAUGUCAAAAAUGCAUAGCUGAAAGGACUGUGUUUUGAAAUAAGUAGGCUCCCAUUUAGAUAGUUGGUUUUGUUGGUACAGAACUAUAUUUUUAACAGAAGUAUUUUUAAUUAAGAAUGAUAUGACUGAUGUGUAUCUGAGUGCCGUAUAUCCAAGUGCUGACUGUAUUUAUGUUCCUUUCAAUUACGAUAGUUUUAAAAAAAAGGAUAUUGUUGGCUAGAGAUCUCUCUUCUGGAUUCAGACGUGCUAACUUCAUCCGCUCGUCCUGCAAAAUUUUUGUUUUUUCAUUGCUGUGGUUGACCAUUUUGAAUUUUCUACAAACUACAAAGAAACCUGCACAUUCGUGUGACUGGAGCGGUCUCAGUGAGAUUGAACUCAUUAACUUUUCUUUACUGCUGGGAUUACAGGUUUUGAAUGACCAGUCUUGUUUUUUGGAUAUCAUUUUUUUGCUUUUGGGGAAUGUUUCUUUUUUGAGAACUGCUGCUUCAUGUUUUUUUCUCUUUGGGUAUUUGUUAAAUGCAAGAGACUUUUUCAAGAAGUAUGGUGUAGAAAUGUGCUGCAAACAGCAGGGUUUCUAGACUGUGCUUGUGUUUGUUUAGUUCAGUCACCAACUUUAUAUGUGAAUUCCACCGAGUUAUACUGCAUUUCUGUUUGUUUUUGUUUGUGCAGGCCUUAUUUCUGUAUUGUUGCUAUCCAUUUAUCGUUUCAUGUGUUGCCCCCACAGUUCAUUUUACAGCGUGGUUACCUAAUACUACUCUUCAAUGCCUUUUUUCUUGUUUUUGUUUUCCUUUUUUUAUCUAUUCCAUUUUCAUACAUGUACUACUUUGAAUUGUGUUUUCUGGUAACAAAAUAUGUAUUUGUUUUUAAGGCAAUACACUGGCUUUACUUCGGUAACUCUGUUUUGACUCUUCUAAAUGUCUUAUUUUGUGUAGCUCAGCUCAGAUUUUAUUCUUUAUUGCAUUGGAGAGUCAUAACCUACAUUUUAGUUUCGCUUGAUGUUAAAAACUAAAUCGCUAUACUUUUUUCAUAAAAAAAUGUAGUAUGGAUGCCAGGUACAUAAUAAUGAGAACUGGAGUUUCAUUAGAGGUGCAUUUAUUGGUUGCAAACUAUUACAAUAAAAUAAUGUAUGAACAAAUAAUGUUGUCAAACAAAAAUAAAAUAAGCAGAUAAACAGCAAUAUAGAUGUAAAGAAGGCACUGACAUGAAAUACAUCUCUUUGCAAAAUAAUCAUAUAUUACUAUGCAGCACAUAAUAAAGUUGUGUGUCGAACAUGUUCACAAACAGAACUCUUUGAUUUAGAAGCUGCCAUGUAUAGAACAGCCAGGAAAAGAAGAGUCAUGCAUGUUUACUGCACAACCUUUCCUAAAAGUUGCUUUAUUCUUUACAGAAAUGCAUAGUAGACUUCUACCACUGUUACAUGAAGAUACAUCAAACAUAUUAAAAGGAGUGUGAUUUGCAUUGUACUGAUAUAAUUGCAAUAUGAAUACAGCAUAAUGUUCUAUAGGGUGCACCGCAGAUCAAGGUAUCUGCCCAACAUGUGGGAAUUAACUCGGGUUCGACAAGGGUAAAUAAAAGAAGGCAGACUCAGAUUGUCAAUAAUAAUAACUCAUAUUCAGAACCAUAUUCAAGUCACUUGAAUUUGUUUAAUGAACUUGAAAAAUAUGUUUCUCCUAAGCCCCUUUCACAAUGGCACUCCUACCCGGGUCCAAACAGUCAUGUCUGCGUGAAGGUUUCACUUCUGCAAGGAACAUUUCUGUUUAUUCUGUUUAGCCAUAUUCUUGUUGAUUGAGACACACCAUGAGCCCGAUUGCAGCAGGGAUGUAGAAACCUUUGCUCUAAUCAACAUUUGGGCCGACGGUUCAAUCCAGAGAAGCUUGGAUGGAAGCGUCAAUAACAAGCUGCUUCCGGGGGAUUGAUGCGCGCAUUGCUGACUUGCAUCUGCCACCCAGGUCAACCCUGCUUUAUCAAAAGCAGUGUGAAAUCACAUAGCCGACCCACAUGACACCAGGUCUUGACCCGAGUAUUUUCUGACCCGGGUAGAGCAUGCCAGUGUGAAAGGGGCUCUAGUUGAUCAAAGUAAAAAUGUGUUCAUUGUAAAAAACAGUUGUCUGAAAGUUGUCUUGUGUUUCAUAGCCUUCACAUUCAACUGACAUGAAUGCACAGAUUGCUAAACAAAAAAAAAGUAUCUUUCUAGACCUUUAGAAACUGUUUAGAAAACAUUAAGAUAUACAAUCAACAUUGUUACAUACAAACUAGAAAUUUACCCCAGGAAACUCUCUCUGGUUAGUUCCCAAAAAAGAGAAGGCUAUGGCCCAGAUAUUUGAAGCGAUGCGCAAUCCCCUCGCAAAAUUUGUGCCUCGCAAAAAUGAGUGCUUUUGCACAAAAAUGUAUAUUUUCCAACACGGCACAAAACAGUUGCGCUAAGUUGGAAAAUAGCAGUUUUUUGCUCAAUUCGCGAAUCUGUUUGUGCCUCGCAAAACCACCUGUGCAUUAAUUAGCAAUAUAGCAGAAAUGCACAAGAGCUACGCGUGAAUGCGCAGAAUUGGAAUACCACAAGACAAUGAGCUGUUAACAAUACCCUGCCAAGCAGCUAUCAUAGGUGUACAGUACAUACCAAUAUUCCUCAGACGAGUCUACACUGAAAUCUAACCUGCACAUGGAAUGCAGAAUCAAAGCUCAACACACAUCGGUAGCAUUGGCACCCCCAAAGUUGCAUGUCCACCCCCACAAAUAUAUAAAUCAGCUACUAAAUGGAGAAAUUAAACAGUGUAGGCAAUGCAACAUAUAACUUAAAUGAAAAUAUAUUGUAGCGACUUGCUAACUGGAUAAGUGUCAACAUGGUGUAAAGAGACGGGCAAAAUAUAUCUGUAGCAUCAAACUCCACUCUUUAUUUUACAGAAACGCGCCUGUCAGCCGGUGUUCUGAGUAGCUCUGACCCGUGCUCCUUACACUAUACAUAAACAUAUUUACAGAAGUGUGGACUGUAAAACAAACCCACAAUGCUGAAAACACUACUCUAUUCGGAAGCCCCGAAGACGGGAAUCUCAGCAUGGAGCCGGCCUAGAACACUGCCUGUGGAUGCAGCCUGCACAUGCGUACACCUUACUCAUACUCCUGUUGAAAGCCACUUCCAACUGCCCCCCACUCACCACGCACCCUGCUCCUUCCAAGUAUGCUUCUGAUGUCAAUGAGAAAUAAAUAACAAUACUUAAAAAAGAAAUGUCAGCUGUGUCCUUAUACCCGAGUGUGGAAUUACCAGGUGAGUGGUGAAAAGGAAAGGGAGCCUCUGGAGAAUGCAACUACAGGGAUAUUUUAUGGAUUGAGCCUUGGGCACUGCGGCCCUUUGCCAAUGUUGCUGAGGAUAGGGCACUUAGCUAAACGCAUGUAAUGGAAACAUUCUGCGCGUUGCAAGCCUGUCACGCUUAUCGCAAAACUUAGCCAUUUUCAUUCAAAUUUGGCCUUCGGUAGAAUUCAAAUAAUACAGUAUGCUAUGCAUACCUUAUAUUUGUGCACAGCGCAAAACGGAUUGUGGCGAGCAAAAAGAAGUUUCAAAUGGCACAUUUUGCUCAUUCGUGCAUAACAGCCAUUUGCGACGCACAUAACCCUCUGCGCAGUGCGCAAAUCUUUCAAAUAUCUGGGUCUAUAUGUAUGUGUAGCAGGAAUAAAAACAGCAAAUGUGUCCCUUUUUAAGGAGAAUUCAGUACAAUCUUCCUAAAUCGGCAGGCCCUUUCCAGGAUUCAAAGGGACUUUUAUCCCAUUCAAUUUGACUGCAUUGAUAAUGCAAUCUGAGUUUUUGUAAUUUUGGAAUUAAAUUAUAAUCCAAAUGGAUUAGUUUGUAACAAACACUAAUAGUGAUACCCGAAUGAACCAGUUACCAGUGAGGCCGAACCUUUAUGGCAACUUACAGUAUUCAAGGUUACUUCAGCCAAGGUUAAGUUAUUCUGUAUUCAAAAUCCAUUAUUUUACAAUAUUAAAAUAAUGCUAUAGAUCAUAAAAUGCAUUCAUUAAACAUUCAUACAAGUAAUUGAUUUCCCCGGCAUACAUUUUGAGUGUCAAAAUAAUCCAUUAUGAAUCAAUUUGGAAUGCAACCAAAAUAAUUCUCAGUGAAUGCUUUUUGAAUCUGGUAUCAGGUAUAGCUGCUUUGUAAAGCAGUAAAAUUAGGAAGAAUAUUUCUGCUUUUUAAUAUUAUUUUAUAGGAAGAAGACAAUGUUUUGCAUGCUUGCUUUAUAUGUCCUCACUCAAUAGGAAGUUCAUUUGCUGUGUCAUGUAUCUUCUGGUCUCUGCAGUCUUAACUAUGCUCCCUCCUCCAUAAAGGACUACUGCCAGA